CUUUUGCUCAGUUUUGCUUUUCCACUAAACAUACCGUGCUUCCUUUGUCACUACUCCAUAAUAAUCUACAACUUUUAAAAUUAAUAAGAUAACUUAAAAAGUGAUUUAACUAACGUGCAAAAGCUAAACAAAUGGCCGCAGUACGCCGCUCCACACGCCUCAGCAGCAUUAGCAAGUCUGCAACGCCAGCAGCGCUGCCGCAGUCGCCAAUGGCCACAACGCCACGACGCUCAGAAGUUUGGCGUAGACGCCAAACCAAGCAGAUCUUGGAUAGUGACGACGAAGAUAAGGAUGAUAAUAUUAGUGUAAUUUCAGAGAAUAACGAAAACAGCAAUCUGUUGAAUAAAAUGGACAAAGUGAGCAGCAGUAGACGUAAAGUGGGCGCUGCAACAAAACUACACGCUGAGCAGCCAAAGACGCCACGCAGCAGCAAGAAAACAACUGUGACAAAAACGACAGUUGCGGCAUUGGACAGCAUGGCCAAGCGGAUUGAAGCCAACAUAAGGGCAGUUAAAAUGAUGGAUGAGUGCAGCAGUGAUGAGGAACAGGAGUUGGAUGAUACGGCACAUGUUUCGCCACCUAAGCAACGCAAGUUGCAACCACUGCCUCAACAUUUGAUAAGCCCUUCACGACUGCUAGACAGACUGAGCAUCGAUGAGAGAGAGGAGGAGCAGGCGGAAAAGCCGAAGAAGACUGAAACAAAGGUUAGAAAGGAGCCAAAGCGGGAACUGAAACAGGAAAAGCAAAAAGAGUUGAAGCAGGAAGAGAAACAAGAACUGAAGCAGGAGCCGGAACAGUCACCGCUGCCAUCGCCACCAAGAAACAAAUAUCAGAAUGCACGACGUGUCCUAAACAGCGCUGAGACACUCAAUCUGCCAGGACGGGAGGAACAGUUGCAAGAACUGCGUGAGUUCUUUAGCAGUCAUCUGGACACGCAAACCUCCGGCAGUCUCUACGUCUCUGGCCAGCCAGGCACUGGCAAAACUGCCUGUUUGUCUAUGUUGCUACGUGCCCCGGAGUAUGCACAGCGUUUGCAACGUGUCUACAUCAACUGCACGAGCAUUGCCAGUGUGGGUGCCGUCUACAAGAAGCUAUGUAUGGAGCUGCAGCUGAAGCCAACUGGGCGCACGGAACGUGACCACUUAGAGGCCAUACAGCGACACUUGCGGAAGGCCAAGCGCAUGUUGUUGCUGGUGCUGGACGAGAUCGAUCAAUUGUGCACCACACGACAAGAGGUGCUGUACACAAUCUUCGAGUGGCCAGCGUUGCCGGGUGCACGCAUUUUACUAGUUGGCAUUGCCAACAGUUUGGAUCUCACAGAUCGAGCAUUGAUGCGACUGAAUGCUCGUUGCGAACUGAAACCAAGACUGAUGCAUUUUCCGCCCUAUACUAAGCCACAAAUCGUGGAGAUCUUCAAGUCGCGACUGGCCGAAGCACAGGUCUUGGAUGUCUUUCCGCCCGUCACAUUGCAGCUGCUGGCGGCCAAAGUAAGUGCGGUCAGCGGAGAUGUCCGACGUGCUCUGGACAUUGGGCGACGUGUUGUGGAGAUUGCCGAACAGCAGAAAUGUGCGGGUGAAAAGGAGUUCAUGAAGGCGCUUGAGCUGGAUGGACCACCAGCUGAGGAAACACUGAAACCUGUGCAGGUCAGCCAAGUGGCCGCUGUGCUCAACAAGGUUUAUGGCGCCUCACAGAACCUUGAGGAGGACAUUGAAGAGGCUUUUCCACUACAACAGAAGCUAAUGCUGUGCUCGCUGGUCUUGAUGCUACGCAACGAGCGGAACAAAGACAUUAGUGUGGGACGACUGCAUGAAGUGUAUCGUAGAGUGUGCAGCAAACGCAACAUCUUAGCUCUGGAUCAGGCGGAAUUUGCGGGCACAGUUGAUCUCGUGGAGACGCGUGGCAUAUUGCGAGUGAUGCGCAAGAAGGAGCCGCGUCUCAACAAAGUGUUGCUGCAGUGGGACGAGGAGGAAGUUCAUGCGGCAUUGAGUGACAAGCAGUUGAUUGCAUCGAUUUUGAGCGACACCGCCUGCUUGGCCAAGUAAUUACGAUCAUUACCUUUAUAAAACAUUUAUGGCUUAGUAUAAUUAUUUAUGUUCUUGUUGGCUAAUUGCGCAUUUCUCACAAUUUCUGUUCACCUUGGCCAUAGAACGAAACAGACGACAGACGUACAUACAAUAUUUAGAUAUAUAUAAAUAAAUUGAAAACGUUCAUUUUUUUGAUGCUAAA